AUGUGUCCUAGUAGCAUGUCUUUGAGACUAGAGGAGAAUAACUGUCCUCGUUCCACCUGUCCUCGCUCCACCUGUCCUCACCUGUCCUCGCUCAACUGCCUCGCUCCACCUGUCCUCGCUCCACCUGUCCUCCGCUCCUGUCCUCGCUCAACCUGUCCUCACUCAACCUGUCCUCGUUCAACUGUCCUCGCUCAACCUGUCCUCGCUCACCUGUCCUCGCUCCCUGUCCUCGCUCCACCUUGUCCUCCUCCACCUGUCCUCGCUCCACCUGUCCUCGCUCCACCUGUCCUCGCUCAACCUGUCCUCGCUCCACCUGUCCUCGCUCACCUGUCCUCCUCAACCUGUCCUCGCUCAACCUGUCCUCGCUCAACCUGUCCUCCGUUCAACCUGUCCUCGCUCCCUGUCUCCGCUCAACCUGUCCUCGCUCAACCUGUCCUCACUCAACCUGUCCUCGCUCCUGUCCUCGCUCAACCUGUCCUCGCUCAACCUGUCCUCGCUCAACCUGUCCUCGCUCAACCUGUCCUCGCUCAACCUGUCCUCGCUCAACCUGUCUCGCUCAACCUGUCUCGCUCAACCUGUCCUCCGCUCAACCUGUCCUCCGCUCCACCUGUCCUCGCUCCACCUGUCCUCGCUCAACCUGUCCUCGCUCAACCUGUCCUCGCUCAACCUGUCCUCGUUCAACCUGUCCUCGCUCAACCUGUCCUCGCUCGAUCCACAUGA